AUGGACUUGAAGGAGCUAAAGACCCAACUUCAAGAGUUAUUGGAUAUAGGGUUCAUUCGGCCGAGCCAUUCUCCAUGGGGAGCACCGGUUUUGUUCAUGAAGAAGAAUGAGGGUUCUAUGAGGAUGUGUAUGGACUAUAGAGAACUCAAUAAGGAGCUAAAUAUGAGACAAAGACGGUGGUUGGAACUGGUUAAAGACUACGAUUGUGAGAUAUUAUAUCAUCCUGAGAGGGCAAAUGUGGUUGUGGAUUCCUUAAGUCGCCAAGGACAUGGCCAAGUGAUGGCAUUAAGGAAUAUACCAACGAGGUUUGUUGAGCACUUAGAAAGAGCAGGAAUUGAGUUUAUCACAGGACGAUUAGCCAAUAUCAUGUGGCAAUCAACACUUUUGGAAAGGAUCAAGCAAGGACGAGGCGAUGAUCCACAACUGAUUAAACAUCGUCAUAAGGUUCAAGAAGGAAAUGCUAAUGAAUUUUUAGUUUCGGAUAAUGGUAUGCAAAGAUCUCGUAAUCGAAUAUGUGUGCCCACUAAGGAAGAAUUAAAGAAAGAUAUUUUGGAAGAAGCCCACACUACCCCAUAUUCAUUGCAUCCAGCGACUAUCAGAGUAGCACCUUAUGAAAUGUUGUAUGGGCAGAAGUGUAGGUCACUUAUACAUUGGGAUGAGAUGGGAGAAAGAAAGUUUCUUGGACUGAAGUCGGUUCGGAAAUUGAAUGAAGCUAUUGGAAAGAUUAGAGCUAGAAUUUUUACUUCCAAAGACAGAAAAAAGAGUUAUGCAAACUUAAAGCGCAAAGAUGUGGAAUUUGUGGUGGGUGAUUGUGUAUUCUUGAGGGUGUCACCAAUGAAAGGGGUCAAGAGAUUUGGUAAGAAAUGGAAGUUAAACCCCAGAUAUGUAGGACCUUUUGAAAAACUGGAAAUAGUUGGGCAAGUGCUUAUAGGUUGGCCAUGCCUCUAG